AUGGUGGUUGUAACGGUUGCAAAGAAGCAUGAUGAUAUUGAAGAAUUUUUUGAACAACUAGUUUUGGUGGUUAUUGUCAUUUGUGGGUCCUGUAAGAGAAAAGACAUGAUACGAGAGAUGCAAAAAGAAAGAGUCGCAACCGAAAUUGAAGUUGUUGUGGUUCUUAGAUAUGUUAAAGAGGAGGGGUCUACUUUAUCUAACCGUAAUCAAGAAAAUGGGCACGCGCUCGUCUUUCAGGCCGGAGUGCUAUCGUCUAUUCGCCGCCGAUUUCUCUCUUCAUAUCUCCUUCAGUUUGUAAUAUUCACUUGCUAUAGACGGUAG